CCGAAAACAAAUAUACUCAAAAAGACAUUAUUGCCAAUCAAUCAGAAAUCUCUGCAACAACAACAACAAAUAAAACAAACAAAAGAGGGAAAGAAGAGGAUAACAUCACAGCAAUUAAGGAGAAGCAACAGAUGGAUUAGUAGUAGAAACCAUCAGAAGAAAUCGAAUUCGAAGGUGCUAACAAGGAACCCCCCCAAUCCUAAUAAACGUGUGAUUGAAGCCAAUAAAACUUUUUUUUUUUUUUUUCCUUCCUUCGAAUUCACAAUUAAUUCAACUUUCUCCUCCCAUCACUCACUAUUCUACUGCCACCAUUACCACCACUACUACUGCUAAGUACUAACAGCCAACAAAUUUCAUCAGUUUCGGGUUCGAUUCCCCAUGUUUUCCUUACCCUGCAAUUUCUGUUGAAAUUCCCUCCACUUUCCUCUUGUUAAUUCCCCCCAACAGCUUCCGCAUUCAGUUAGUUGUGGGGAUUUGCCUAAUCCCAAUUCCCAUAAUCGAAUCCCAAUAAAUUUUCAUUGUGUCCGAGGAAUCCCAGUUUUUUAAAUUUAUAGGGUCAUUCUUUUGGGGGAUUUUUUUUCACUCUUAGGUGACAAAGAAUAAGGUUGGGUUGUUGAAAAACUCUCUCUUUUUUGGGUGUGGGAUUGUGUUUUUGGGUUAUAGAUUGAUCAAUUUAGCUUUCCAAUUGAUUUGUAGUGUAAGAAACCAAGAACUUUAGACGGGAUUCUUGCUGAAUUUUUUAUAGGGAUUUGUGCAAGUUGGAUGGGAAUUGAGGAAACGCUUAGUAGUAUUAGUAGCCUUAUUGUUGCUUCUGGUGGUAGUGAUGAAGAAAUCUUUCAAGGAUUCGCUCAAAGCUCUUGAAGCUGACAUCCAACAUGCCAACACCCUGGCUUCUGAUUAUCCCAGGGAGUAUGAUGGGGCAUGCCUCCAGAUGAGGCUGUCAUACAGUCCCUGUGCCCACAUUCUUCUCUUUCUUGUUCAGUGGACCGAUUGUCACCUUGCUGGAGUUCUCGGAUUACUGAGGAUCCUUAUUUACAAGGCAUACGAAGAUGGUAGGACUACCAUGUCUGUUCAUGAGAGAAAGGCUAGUUUGAAGGAGUUUUACGGAGUGAUAUUCCCUUCCUUGUUGCAACUUCAAAAGGGAAUCACUGAAAUUGAGGACAGAAAACAAAGAGAAGUCUGUGAGAAGAAGUAUCAGAGAAAAGAUGAGAUGGACAAGGGGAAAAAGUUGUCUGAAAUCGAAAUCGAGAGGGAGGAGGAAUGUGGAAUUUGCAUGGAAUUGGAUACUAAGGUUGUUUUACCCAGUUGCAGCCACUCUAUGUGCAUGGAAUGUUAUAGAAGCUGGUAAGCAGAUCACGUGACAACAUUUUUUGCUUUUUCUUCUGAUAUGCUCUGGUAUUUGGGCUGGUUUUACCAGGACUAACUAAUGUACUAAACAAAUGAAUUUGCAUCUUCUUGUAUACUUCAUUUACUGGUGGUACCUUGUUUUUCCUAGCUGGCAGAUGUUUGCUUUGGCCUUUUUCAUUUGGUGAUUUCUAGUAAUUUUGUUUUCAUUUUUGGUUUCAAAAUAAUGGCGCUCUUUUAGGCGAUCGCGGUCUCAAUCAUGCCCCUUCUGUCGGGAUAGUCUGAAACGAGUGAACUCUGGUGACCUUUGGAUCUACCCCGGCAGCUAUGAAAUCUUAGAUCUGUCAGCAAUUGCCAAAGAGAACUUGAAGAGACUUUUCAUGUACAUUGAGAAAUUACCACUGUUAGUUCCCGAUACCGUGCUGGUUUCUUAUGAUCCUCGUUUCAGAUGAAGGAAUGGGUUCUUUGGCUCAGAAAAUUAGUUUUUAGUUGAACGAAAAUUGUAGCUGUAAAUAUUGUCUCACUUAUUUGUUUGUCACACUCCAAAUAUUUAUAAUUGUAAAUACGGUUGGGUUAUUAGCCAGUUAGGACGACACCUGCAUUGUAAUCAACUCUCUAAAGGUGAAGAGAGCAUGAAAGUCAAUUUUAAGCCAUUGCCUUUUAUGCUAAUGCCUGUCAACAGGGGCUUUUGUGCAUUGUGGAUUAAGAAAAACAAAGGGGAUGUUCUAAUAGUAGUUUAUCAUACCUAGCCUUUUGGAAUAGAAUCUGAACACGAUCUUCCUGUUUUAAAGAAACACGACUGCUAUCAUGUUGCUUUGCUAUUCCGAGUCCUUGGCAGAAUUUUUGUGCUGACACAAAUUUGAACAAGACUGGAUGCUUCUACCCACAUAACAAGCUUCAGGUGCCAGAAAAAGUAAAAUGAAGAAAUAGAAAAGACCCAUAAAGAUAAAAUUUUCCUUCGCAAGAACACAAGUGAUCAUUACUACAUGAUACUUAUGUACUAGAUAAAAGAUGCAAAUAAAUCCAUCAUACACGCAUGUACAACAUUCCGCGCUAUCACAUUUCCUUGCAGUUGGAAAGGUCGACUGCCAUUAGAAUAGGCGGGUUAGGAACAAACAGUGUCUUCCCAUUGGACCCCUGCAGCCUGACUCAGAGAUCAUCGUCCUCCUCGUCAUCCUCUUCUUCCUCCUGCUGUAAAGAAACUGGAUCAGACAGGUGGAAAACACACAACAAGCAGUCAUAACAAAAUGUUCUUUGCAGAAGCACAUGAUUAAAAGGAAGCAUCCGACUACGGAUGCCUUGCCACCAGCAUAAAAUAUUUCCAAGAAAAAUCUCCUUUUGACCUCUGUUCAAAGGGGGAAAAUGGGAGAUCAUAACCAAUAAUUCAAUAUUUCCAUAUGAAAUUAAAGAAACAGAAAACAAGCUAGUUGAAAAGUUUCAACUGCAUCUUGAAAACCAAAAAAAAAUUAAAAUUAAAAUAAAAAGUAUCAAAGAGAUUUAUGUAUAUCUACCUCUCCACCUCCCUCUUCGUCAUCAUGAAUUUCAGAGUUUGAUUUCUCUGAUUCAUCAUCAGCUGAGUUAUCCUGCCAGUCAAAUAAGAAACUGAGGCACUAGAGCAUUUACAUUGACACGGCUUUGGACAAUGACUAAACACUUGAGAGAUUACUGGCAUGAUGACAAGAUUUCAGUAAAUCAAUCCAAUAACAGACAAGGACACCGGAAAAGUUCUGACCUGCUUCUUGUUGUAGGCGUUUAUAAGCUUCUCGUACUCAGCCUUCCUCUUUGCAGCUUUAGCUUCAUAUGGUGCUUUUUCCUUACGAAGAGAAAUGAUAUCUGAUGUCAGUUAUUACAACACAACAGAGGUUGUAUUUCACGACACAGGAGCUUCAAAUCACCCUUGAAAUAAUCAAUUCACCCUCCACCAGGCGCUAGCUACUUAAGAAAUAAACUGGCCUGCUUAAUUUAAAAUAAAUUUUAGUUGAUUUAAUAGUGCAGACUACUACCGAAGCUUUCAUGGAUGCCGAUACCAUAAUAGAAAUGAUUGUCAAUUUUAGUAAAAAGGACAGAGUGAUGGAGCACUUACUGCUUGACUCAUGGAUUUCCAUUUCUGUCCUCCAGCUUUUCCAACCUGAUUCAUCCACAGCAAAUUGAAACAUAUUGAGAAAUUACACUUGAACUUAUUGAGAUGAUUAAAAUAGCCAUAUAUACUUACAGCUGAGACAGCCUUCACAUUAGGAUUUUCCUUUUUAAAUGUCUGUCUGAACUCCUCACUGGGCAAUAAAUGUAAUCAGAUUAG